AUUUAUCUCGGUGUUACCAAGUCAAAUGAAUAUCAACUCAAGCUUAACCGUAUAUCCAAUUUCACUAUAAGCUAUAAUAUGGCAAGGUAUAAGCGUACAUAGAACCCAUAUAAGUGAUUAGCAUUCAUUCUCACUACGCUAUUACGAUGAACUGGUAAGAUGAAGUGGUAAGCAGCAUUCGCAAAAGGUAUGUAUCACCUUCAUAUAUGCCAUCUGGGGGCAUAAUAAUCACUGUCAGAUUUCAUCGUGUUUUAAACAGUUUGUCCGAUAAUUAGACAUUCUCCGAACAUAAUGUUGUGAUUUUCCAAAAUUUACAAAGUUUACGGCUCGCUACAGAGGUGUUCAAUUUUAUUUUUAUUUGAUGUCUAAUUGUCUAUGCCAGACGACGGCAGACAGCCAGAGGCAAAGCUCAUUACGUUAUGGGGGUAUGGGAUAGUAGUUUAACGUAAACGCAUAUUUAUUCAAUUUUAAGCGUUAUAUCGGUUUUAGAGUGUUCAGAAUAGCCUACCUAAGUUCUUAUAUAGGACUGGUCCAUAUGGUUAAAACCAUAUAUACUAAAAUAUUUAGACCCACAAGGUGCACCUGUGAACAUACAAAGGACCGCAUAUAGAAUAAAAGCUGAACGUAAACGUAUAUUUUUUUAAAUCAUAAAUGUUUUAACGGAAAACGGCUUGAGGUUAGGCCAGAGGCCAGCCGCAAAACAUUUGAAACGGUAUGUAAAUAGUUACGUACAUAUGACCCAUAUAACGUUUAUACGUUAAAAAAAUUAUGUACAUACAAUAUUUACGUAUUUAUGUGUCCUGAUUGCUGUAUGAUGAGUGGUGGAACCGAAGUGGCUUAUUUUGUUGUUUUUUUUGUUUGUUGUUUUUUAAUCAUAUGUAGCCUUCUGAAAAAAAUUCAAAGUAGGAUUGUCCCCACUCCCCCCAGCAAAGCCCCGCCUUCAGGACCAGAGGGCCCUGGGAGUGGGAGUGGGACUGGGAGGGACUGGGGAAGGCAAGAUGCUUGCUCUCUCUGGAACAAACGGUGUGAUUGAUGGAAACCAAAAUACUAUCUGUGGCAAAAUAACCCUAGAAUGUCUGCGCACGGCAUGUUUAGCCCUCUCUAAAUUCAAAAUCGAAUACAGAGUUGCGUUUAUGUGUGUAAUUUUCAGAAGGCUAUGUAUGGUUGAUGGUGUUAAAAAAAAGUAUUUGAGUGUGCCACCUGUUGGUACUUAAAAGCUGGUGAUGUAUAAAUCGUAUAUUUGAAUACAUGAUUGUUUUAAAAGCAGGUAACCACGCCCACACCUACUACUAGAGAACAUGGACUCUUACAUUCACUAAUUGUUCCAGGUUUCAAGCAUUUGACAAUAUUCAGUGCACAUCAUCUUUCAAGCUAGGUAUUACCGAGCUUCAAUUGCAGCCGCAAUAACUACUCGAUAAUAUCAUAAUCUCCGGUGCUGAGCCGUCAACAUCUGAGGAGUCACAUACUCCGUCACUCGGGAAGUGAGAUACGGAGCCAUUUCGUCUGCUUCAGAGCUGCGUACUAUAAACAUCUACAACCUUUGUAUCCGAAUAUCAUCAUUCCUAAAUAAAGUAUAUCCCUCAAGUGUAAGCUAUGGGUGGUAACCAAAAGCGGCCGGCGGGAGGUGCAGGGGGAGCUAAACAGGGCAAUAGUAAACGUAAAAAGAAAUACACGAACAAUGGGAAGGCAGGGGGUAAGGUACACCAGAGCACACUGCAUGAGAAGAGCUUCGGUGUAGUAGUGACCGUUGAACGGUAUAAGAAAGCUAAGGCGCAGAGAGAGGUCACAGCGUUUCUGAACGAGGCCUUAAGAAAAAUAUACCCGAACAAGUUCUGUGAUCCGAGUGCGCCAGAAAGUGUCGAUGCCGCUGAUAGCAACUGCGAUCCAAAAACGGACGAACCCGAAGAGUUGACAUUGGAAGAAGAGUUAGCAGCUGAGAUUGCUUCAGCUAGGAAAGAGUGGAAGGAGGAUAAAGGGACUGUCGACGGCAUCAAAUCGCUUGUGACAGAGAGGGUUCUGCUGUCGAAUGAGAUAUUGUUCUAUCAAUUCCCGGCCGGAGUACAACCAGAACACUUCACUCACUCUGUGUUCGCGCAGCUGAAAACAUUGGAUUUACCUACCACAAAGUAU